AACGAGGAGACACACCACGCCGCAAGGGUCCUCAUCCUCAGACUAAAUCCUCAGUCUUUUCUUUACCUUACGGCAUUUCAGUCGUUGACUCAAUUCGCCAUUGUUGUACGGCAACCCCAACCUCAAUUAUCUUCUACUUCCUUAAUUAAAUUUAUUAUUUCCACUCUUCCUCAUCUAUUCUAUUCUACACUAAGAUUCUAUUUAUUAUUACCUUCGAUUCGAUGUACGCCGCCACUCUCGCCGUCGUCUUCUUCCUCCUGUCGUCGUCUUUUCACCUCCGGCAAAUCGCCGUCGCCUGCAACCUCCACGACCGCGCCUCUCUCCUCUCCUUCCACCGCCUCCUCCACCCGCCGCUCAAUUGGUCCGCCGCCGCCGAUUGCUGCCUUUGGGAAGGCGUCGCCUGCUCCGGCGGCGCUAGGGUUUCCCGUUUGUCCGUACCGAACAGAGGCCUCGCCGGAACUAUCCCUCCCUCUCUCUCCAACCUUACUUCCCUCGUCAGUCUAAAUCUCUCCGGCAAUAAAUUCUCCGGCGCCCUCCCGCCGGCGUUCUUCCACGGCUUGUCCCGCCUCCAAGUCCUGGACCUCAGCUCCAACCGCUUCUCCGGAGAACUCGACGGCCUUACUCUGCCGGCUUCAAUCCGAGCCGUCGAUUUAUCGAACAAUCUAUUCGCAGGCGCCGGCGCCCUCGGCGGUUCCUUUCUCCGGAGCGCGUCGGGUCUCGUCAGCUUCAAUGUCAGCAAAAAUUCCUUCGCCGGCGCCGUCGAUUUCCGCGUUAUCUGCAACGCCUCGCCCCUCCUCGAGGUCCUGGACCUCUCGUCCAACGAAUUCUCCGGCGAGCUGCCGGAAGGCCUCUCCGGCUGCUCCGGGCUACAGAUCCUCCGCGCCGGCUUCAACCGCCUCACCGGAAAUCUCCCUGCCGACCUCUACAGUGUGAAAGCGUUGAAAGAAAUCUCCCUUUCGAACAACCGGUUUUCGGGUCCCAUCGCCGCCGCCGUCGCCGCUCUUUCAAAUUUGACAAUUCUAGAGCUCCAGGUCAACGCGUUGACCGGCGAGAUCCCGCCGGAAAUCGGGCGGCUGUCGCAGUUAGAACAGCUUCAACUCCACAGCAACAGCUUCAACGGCUCUUUGCCGGCGGCGAUGGCCGAUUGCCGCCGUCUCUCGACUCUGCUCCUCCGCAACAACAAUCUCACCGGAGAAAUCUCAGCCGUCGAUUUCUCCAACCUCGGGAGGCUCCAAACCGUUGAUCUAGGUAACAACACAUUCUCCGGUGAGAUUCCGGCGACCCUCUGCCUCUGCCGUUCCCUGACAGCCGUCCGAUUGGCGUACAACAAAUUUUCCGGCGAGCUUCCGCCCUGCGUGGCUUCCCUCCGAUCCUUACAGCAUCUCUCCCUCUCCGACAACUACUUAUCGAACGUCGCUGGAGCUUUAAAGAUUCUCAACAAUUGCCGCAACAUAACGGUCCUGUUCCUGUCCCGGUGUUUCGACAACGAAUCAAUGCCGCAAGAUUCCGAUUUCUUACAUCUUACCGGAUUCCGGAACCUUCAGAUUCUCACCCUCGGCGGCUGCCGGCUCGAGGGCCGAAUCCCGUCGUGGAUCGCGAAAUUAAAGAAUCUCAAGGUCCUAAAUUUAUCGUACAAUCGAAUAUCCGGCCCGAUCCCGUCUUGGCUCGGCAAAAUGCCGAGCCUAUUCGUGCUCAACCUUACAAAAAACUCGUUAUCCGGCGAGCUCCCGCGCGAGCUCGCCCGAUUGCCCGCGCUAAUCACGGACAACUCGACUUCCGAUCUGAGUUACCUCGCAUUGCCGUUUUUAUUCGAUAAACUUCAAUACAAUCGACUUUUCAAUUUGCCGCGCGGGCUAAAAGUCGGGUUUAACAACCUUAGCGGCGCGAUCCCGCCGGAAAUCGCCCGAUUGAAGCUCCUCCAUUUGCUCGACCUCAACGACAACAAUUUCACCGGAACGAUCCCGCCUCAGCUCUCCCGAUUAACGAACCUCGAGAGAUUGGAUCUCUCGGGGAACCGUCUCUCGGGGGAGAUCCCGGGAUCCCUCGCCGGCCUCCAUUUCCUAUCAUCGUUUAGCGUCGCGAAUAAUGAUCUUGAAGGCGAAAUUCCGAGGGGGGGGCAGUUCGAUACGUUCCCCGCCGCGUCGUUCGACGGGAAUCCGAAGCUCUGCGGCUACUUGCUGCGGCGAAGCUGCUCGAUCGCGGCGACGCCGCCGGGAAUUUCGCCGGAUAAAGUUGGGGAUAGCUGGUGGCGUAACGUACCGUUCGGAACGGGGUAUUCGAUCGGAUUUUUGGCGGUGAUCGUCGUUGCCGGCGGCCGGAGUUUCCGGGGAAUGGAGAGUAGUGAUAGCGCAGAUGAUGUAGAAACAAGAAGUUCUGUAAGUAGGUCUAUUUGGUAGUGAAAAAUAUCAUUGUUAAAAUCGGGGAUUAAAAAGUCGAUUUUAGGGGUGAAUAUUCAGAUUUAUGGUUCAGAAUCAAUUUUAAAUUUUGUAUAAAAAAUUGAUUCAAACAAAAUCAAAUUUUAAGAAA